AUGAGCGGCUUCGCCAAAGAACAGCUCCCAAGCGAUGGCUCGUCGAAAUGGAGCCUCCGCGCAAAGGCACUUCUCGUCGUCUGCUCGCAUCGCAUGUGGCGGGGCGGUCCACGAUCUAUCCUGCAGAUCGCCGCCGCUGCCUUUGGCCUGCUCAUGCUCUUCUACUUUGUCACGCUGCAGCUCGACGACCGUUACCAGCGAAUCUUGAGCUGGUCAACGCCCGAAUCGGCUGGCCCCGGUCAACUUCGAAUUGUCGUGUUUGGGUCGCAAGACUUGAUGGGAAGUGCGCCUAAUGCCAAGCACACGCACACAUCUUGGCCAGAACACCUCUGCAAACAGCUCAAAUGUCACUCUGUUCUUUCUUUUAUCCCUCCGAUCGAAUCACAACCCGGCCUAACCUCCAACAGCAUCUAUGGCACAGAGAUACGAGCCUUGGAAAUGUUUAAUGAGCAGGCGAAUCUCACGGGAAAACCUGCCCUUGACAACUUGUACAUCCCGGAACAGUAUCCGGUGCCAACAAAGACCCCGGAUCUGGCAGCGCAAGUCCAAAAGUUUCUUACCAUGUCUGCGCCAAAGAUUCCGCCUCGAGAGACGCUGUGGGUUUUCACAUUUGGCACCUGGGAGACGUGGAACAUGGCCUCGCUGCCGCGGGGAACGGGCGAAAGACUCAUUGACGCCUCGGUCGCCGAUAUCUUCACUCAGAUCGAAUUGCUCUACCGAAAGUCCUUGAACCCAGCGUCUCCUGCUUUUUCUGAUUUUUGGUCGAAUGUUACCAAGGAAGAAAUCCACGCUCUCACGCACCCCGACCCCGAGAACAAGCCCGACGAGCGCAAAACGGAGAGCUUCCGCGUCGUGAUCCCGCAGCUCUUUGACAUUACUCUAGCCCCAGGCUGGCAGAAGCGCCCCCUUCCAUCUGAAUCGCAGUCGAGGGGCGUUCAGAUGCGUAACGCUGCAUAUCUCAACGCAAGGUGGAAUGACCAAGUGUCUAAACAGCUGGAGGAUUGGAGAAGGAAGGGUAACACUAAGCCCGAGGGGGUUGAAGAGGAGGGCAUCGACACGGCCUCGUCAGUUCCGACAAUGGCAUCCUUGCUGCGAUAUCUCCCGGAAUCGCUUCAGCCCAAGGACAAGGACAGCAAUGGACAAGAGAGCGGUGAAGACAUCAUUUACGCACCUUACCCGCGACGAUUGGGCUUGCAGUCCUCCUUGGUCAAGAGCGUCUUGGAUGCCAUGACGGAAGAAGAAAUGCAGCGAUCCGGCCUUAGGGAUAGCCGAGGCCGAGGCAGCAGACCUGCAGAUGAUGCGAUGCGGUUUUUUGACGUUUGGACACCCUGCAUCGCCGAUGCUCGAUCCGUUACGGUCAUAAGCGCAUCCCAGCCCAGCCAAGAGUGUGAAGUUCCAAACGACCACUUAUUCUAUGACGAGUUUACUUUUGGAGAACGUGCCAAAGAGGAGCUGGCGAAGCAGACUGCUGCUCAAAUUCGAGAGUACUUGUUCCUUUCAUAG